CUAUAAAUAAAGUGCGAGAAUUACAAGGAACUACAGUACAGUUUAAUCAAUUUAGUGUAAACAAUAUGAAUUUGUGGAAUAAAAACUAAUUUAACAGUCUAAUGGUUGAACUAUUCGAAAUAAAGUUCUAAAAAGAACGGUAUAUCUAGUGGUUAGAUUUUCGUAGAAACUAUCAUCCCCUGUGAAAAUUUAAAAGUCAAGGUCCAUCAAAUAGGACUUAGACAUGGCUGUUCAACAAUAUUGUUUACGUUGGAACAAUCACCAACCCAACUUCAUAUCAAUGUUUACAAGUCUGCUGAACAGCGAGUCGCUGGUUGACGUCACGUUGGCAGCCGAAGGAAAACACAUACAAGCACAUAAAGUAGUUCUCUCGGCUUGUAGUUCUUAUUUUCAAUCUUUGUUUACCUUGAACCCUUGCCAGCACCCAAUUGUCAUAUUGAAGGAUAUCAAGUACACAGACCUAAAAGUGAUGGUAGAUUUCAUGUAUUGUGGUGAAGUGAAUGUAUCUCAAGAACAGUUACCUGCUAUUCUGAAGACUGCCGAAACAUUGAAAGUAAAAGGCCUAGCGGAAAUGCCAGAGCAGAACAUUUCACUAAGUAAGUCAGUUAGUAUAUCAUCAGAUAAGAGCUGCGAUUCACCCUCAAUGCGCCGUAAACGACUGCGAAAGUCGUCAACUGGGUCAGGAUCUGGUUCUGGAUCGACGGAACACACCGGCACAGUGACAGGCGGCAGCGAAGAGACAGUGGGCAGUGUUGAGAUACCUAUUGUCAAAACAGAACCGGCAAGUGAGGGGGAACAUUCACUACGCAACGAACCAAGCACCGAGUCCGAACCAGGGUUUACGUCUCAAGAGAGCGUGGAAGAAGAAUCUCAACAAGUUAAUGAAAAGAGUAAGAGCGAAAAUAAUUCGUUGGAGACAGUCCACCAGUCGUCAACAGAGGAACAAACUCCGACACCAGCGAUGGGCUCCAAACGCGGUCGGCUGCUCAUACGGCAGAACAGGAUAAAGAAGGAUUGCGAGGGAGACGACAUAGUGAUGGUGGGGGGAUUGGCUGUUCCGAGAAUCAUUGAACGUCAGUGUUCGGAACCUGGGCCGUCCACUCCGCAGUCUUCGCCUAACCUGCUGACAGUACCUCAGCCCGCUUAUCUGGUGAAGCAGCACUCUAGUCCGCUAUUGUCCACACCUACGACCCCGCAGGUGCAGGUUCACCUAGCAGGCCCUGCUGAGCCCCCCGUCACUGCCUCCAUCCGAGUGAGAACUGACGAGUUACGGAGAGCUUCCUCUACACCUCAGAGUUCCACCAGUUCACUCCCUGAAGGCUCACGCUCAUGUCACUGUCCUGUCCUUCGGCCCGGCCCUGCGCUCGGUUGUAAUUUCUGUUGGAACACCAUCGAUGCCCACGGUCGAAUACUGCGACGCAAAACCAAGUACCACUGUCCCGAAUGUCAGACCAACUUGUGCAUUGUACCUUGCUUUCAGGAAUACCAUGAGAGACAUGGGGCCGGCUCCGGGCUAACAGAUUUGACCACCACUGCUACAGGAACGAUAGUUCCGACCAUUAUGAAAACUAGCUCAAUGGGUUGAGUCGUUUGUAUGGGAACAACGGAACAAUCUUGCGCUCAUUUGAUGGUUAAACUUCGGGUGUAGAGUUUGUCAAAUGGGGUUGGGAUUUGACAAAUGAAAAUAGAUUGUUGUUUUAACAAUAUAAACAUUAGCUCGGUACACUAAUAUGGUCGGUAGGCUAGUUUUUGUCAUCCUGUUGGAAACAAAAGUGGCAAAUUUAAUCAUUUGCAAUUCUGUAUUCUUUGCAUAGCUGCUUUAAUUUUGCAAACAAUAACGUAAGGUUAUAUUUAAAAAUUUUUGUCAUGUUAUUGACUUGUUUUUCUGUUUUAUUAAGUAUACCAAAGUGUUGGUAUAUCAUAACUGUAUAUUAUCACUAUGUUUCUUUUAUUAACGUUUGUUUUACUUUUUGAAUUGAAUUUAGAGACACAUACUCAAUUCAAUAAGCCUAAUAGAAAUUUUAAGUUUCUACUGUUGUCUUGAACAGUUUUGUUUUUACAAAGUUUUAACAAUAAUUUUUAGGAACAUUCACAGCUUGAGCAUUAAGGGAGUUUGAGGUUUUAUAAUAUCUUGUCGUUUUAACCAGCUGAUUUUAUUUGAGUUUAGCAGUGAAAUUUACCAUGGUAAAUUCUGUAUAUAUUAACUUUUACUUUGAAAAGGGCUUUGAUAACUUAACCAGACUAGAAAUAAAAAAAGAAAAUAAAAAUUAGUUGUAGGCCUGAUAAAAAUUAACUCGAAUGAAAUAGCGUACACAAAAGUGAUGUGUAAAACAGCUGUCUAUUUUCAUUCUGUUUUGGAAGUUAAGACUGUCAACAUCAGAACUAGUGAAGCUCGGAUACCAAGUUUCUUUCAUGUAACUCGUCAAGAGUUGAAAGUCAAUAGAGUUGUUAAAGUAUGAUGUUUAGUUUAUUGUAUGUUUAAGUAAAUGUUAAAGAGCUUUUAUUGUUAUGUAUGUAAAUAUAUGUAUAUGGAAUGACGCGAUGUACUCCUAUAUUUUUAGCAAAUGUAAUAUUCAAUCUCAUAUUGUACCUUUAUCUUCAAAAUAUUCUAUUUUCUUACAGAAAGUUUGCAUAUCAGUUAAAUGUAAGCAAUAGAUAAUAGGUUUAUUUUUAUGAGCUGUAUAUUUUACUAAUGUUUAUUGUUAGGUUCGGUAAAUUGUAAUUAUUCAGAUAUAGAUAAAAUUAUUAAGGAGCUUGACCAAAAUUUAAAGUUAACGUUUCAAAAUGAUAAAUUAGUAUAUCUAUAGAUUAUGGACAUUAGUAAUACAAUAACUGUUUGAACUCCAUAGGUUAUUUAGUGAUUCAGUUAUGCCAACUUAUAUCAUCUUCCCUCACAUUAAAAUUAGACAAGUUUUAGGGGACACACACAUCAAAGGUAUCUCAAAAUGUAGACAAAUUUCUGAUUUUAAGUGGAGAAUCCAUCAAGAUUUGAACCCUUGGUUUACGGUGCUGUCCCCAUCGCCUAAAAGAUAACUUAAACCGCUCGGCCAUUGAUCAAACAUUACAGUAUAUCACACUAAAAACAUCAGUAAACCAAUAGGCCAGCGUAGUAGUUGUAAACUUGAUUCCCACCUAGAUGCACAAAUGUCAAGUAUGGCUUAAAUAAGUCAUACUUGAAUUCAUAGUUAAGUGGAAGUUUGGUCAUUUAACUCUUUAAAUUAAGCCUUUGGAGUUCCAAGGGUUGAUUACUAAUCUAAUUUGACUAAUUAUGAUUAAAAACAUACCUUGUCAGACAAUCCUUGACAUGUAUUGUAGUGUCAAAAUUUACUUGUACAUGUUUCAGUGGUUCUUCAACUCCACUAUUGUCAGGCACACAAAAGGAUCCACUUCUUGAGGUGUGGUAAAAAUUGUUAGCUUACACACAUUUAACACAAACACAAAACGAUUAAAAGCGAAAACUGAUGGGCCUAUCAAUGUACACAAAUUUGGACAGGCAUAUCUGUUAUCGAUUUUAAUCGUGUGGUGUUUUGUGUUUGUGUUAAAUGUGUGGAACAAUUUUGACGACACCUCAAGAAAACAAUCCUUUUGUGUGCCCGACAACGGUGGAGUUGAAGAACCACCGAAACAUGUAGCAAAUAA